GGACUGGCCAUUACUGGUACCAGCAGUGCUGGAGAAUGAAGAGAUUCCAGCCUCAGCCCAGAAAACCUUGUCAAAGAAGCCAAGAGACAAGCUGGCGAUUUCUGAUAUGACACAGUUGCUGAAACACUUGUGUUUACCAGGCCAAAUGGAAAUGAGUCUUCACCCUUUAUCCCAUUCUUGCACCAUGCAGAAUUACUCAAUGUGCUUCAUAAGGAGUAUGGCCAUCAGGGUGUCCAUGGUAUGCUUGACUUGCUCAGAGGAUGGGGUUGGUGGCCUGGAUGACAAAAAGAUUGUGAGACGUAUUGUCGGACAUGUCCACAAUGUCAAAUCUUCUCCAAUCCAAGGAAACGAGAGGAGUUCGAACAACAACACCCGCUUCCACCAGUUGAACCAUUUGAGCGAUGGGGAAUGGACUUGAUCGGAAUGCCAGAGACCAGAGACGGUCGCAAGCAUAAAUGGAUCUUGACUAUGGUCGAUCAUGCCACAGGCUGGCCAAUUGGAAUUUCGAUGCGAAAAGCCACAGGCCAACGAGUUGCCCGGGAGAUUUGGGACCAGAUCGUUAUGCACUAUGGAGUGCCAAGUGAAAUCCUCACGGACCGUGGAAAGAACUUCCUUGCUCCGGUUGUGUCUGAAUUCCUGAAGAAUGGAGUGCCAAGUGAAAUCCUCACGGACCGUGGAAAGAACUUCCUUGCUCCGGUUGAUAUCAUACAAUGGGAUCCUUGAGUCGUAUCUCAAGAAGAUGAAUACCACAGGAGAUCCGACUCGAUGGAACAAAUUUCUUGAUGCUGCACUAUUUGCAACUCGAGUCCGACAGCAAACCACAGCCAAGUGGUCACCAUUUGAGUUGUUGUAUGGUCAAAAGCCUCGGUUGCCAUUUGACCAGCCACUUCUCCGUGCCCCAGAUGCUGCACUCCCAGGGGAUGCAGAGCACUCGGAACGGCACUUGCAAAUGCAGAAGGCUCGAGAAGAAGCUUCGGAGCGAGGCACUAUCCGUGCACUUGCAGACAAAGAGCGGUGGGAUCACCAACUCAAAAUCGGGGCGGAAGGUACACAGCAGGCUUUUGAGGUUGGUCAAAAGGUGCUGCUCCGGAAUGAAACUGCAAACAAGGGUGAUGCACAUUGGUUCGGACCAUUUGUGAUCACUACAAAACUGGAUAAGGGAACCUAUCAACUGAAGGAUAGACGUGGACACUUACGACCAGGCUUGGUGAAUGGAAACCGUCUUCGACUUGCUCAUCUCCGAGAAGAUGAUACAAACCAUCGGGCUUGGGUCUUGCCAAAGGCAACACAACGCCAGUGGUCGAAGGAAGACAAGGAAGCCGCUUCACAGGCUGUU